AUGGCGGCCCAGACCCCCUCGGCUCACCAUGAUUAUACGGUCGGAUGGAUCUGUGCCUUGCCCAUCGAGAUGGCCGCUGCUCAGGCCGUCUUGGACCAAGUCCACGGACCGUUGCCCGUGCAGCCGACCGAUCACAAUGCCUAUACACUCGGCGCCAUUGGAGAACACAAGAUCGUGAUUGCGUGCUUGCCAAGCGGCGCUUAUGGCACAACAUCGGCCACCUCGGUAGCCAUGCAGCUAUUGUCAACCUUCCCCUCCAUUCGCUUUGGUUUCAUGGUCGGGAUUGGCGGAGCGGUCCCAAGCAAAGAUGCUGAUAUCCGCCUUGGGGACAUCGUGGUCAGCAAUCCAACCGACACGCAUGGAGGCGUGGUGCAAUACGACUACGGGAAAUCCUCGAGCGGCGGUGGCUUUCGGCGGACUGGCAUGCUCAACCAUCCGCCCCGGAUUCUUUUAACGGCCUUCUCGAAGCUGAGGGCAACUCAUCUUCUGCGAGGCAGCCAGUUCAUGGACUUCCUUGCCGAUCUCCAUCACAAGAAUCCUCAGCUAGCGGUGGACUUUGCUCGUUCAGCUCUACAGGAUCAUUUGUACCGCGCUGAUUAUGACCAUGAAGAUCUCACCUCCAAAGCCUGCAGAGAGUGUGAUGCCACGCAAACCGUUUCUCGGCCUUCUCGAACCCUAGAUACACCGGUAAUUCAUUACGGACUUAUUGCAUCGGGCAACCAAGUGGUGAAGAACAGUAGACUGCGAGAUAAACUGGGCCAGGAGUUGGGCGUAUACUGCGUGGAGAUGGAAGCCGCGGGGUUGAUGAAUAGCUUCCCUUGUCUGGUAAUUCGCGGCAUUUAUGACUAUGCUGACUCCCACAAGAAUAAAGAAUGGCAGGGAUACGCUGCUGUCAAUGCCGCUUCUUAUGCCAAAGCUUUACUUGCGGUGGUGCCAGCGUCGGACCGCCAGAUGGUUCGAACUCUCCAAGAAGCUGCGGCUGAUGGCAACUUUCAAGUCCCAUUCGAGUUGACCAAGGUUCCUGCCGUGAGCAAGUUCAUUGGUCGUACGGCAGAUCUUGACCGGCUCUGGGGUCUCUUGCAACCCGAUGCCUCAAAUUUGCGGAAAGUGGUAGUCCUUCAUGGUAUGGGUGGUUUGGCCAUUUUUUGGAUCAAUGGUCAGGAUGAAAACAUCCUCAUUCGCUCUCUCGCAGAUAUCGCCGCACGACUCCGCGAUAUGUCAAUACAGCUGACUGCCAUCAAGGACACGAAGCCUGAAGACACGAAGCAGGACGCACAGCAGGUCCUCAAUUGGCUGUCACAGGAGGGCAACUCUAAGUGGCUGUUGAUCUAUGAUAACGUGGACCAAUCUCCCCUCCAUAACAGUCUCAAUGAGCAAGGAGGAGCAUAUGAUAUUCAUAAAUACAUCCCUUCUGCAGACCACGGCUCCGUCAUAAUCACCACACGGUUACAGAAGUUGGCAGAGCUCGGCACAUCAUCAUACCUACUACAGCGGCUACCCUUCAUAUAUCGGCUGGAUGGCCUACCUCUUGCUCUUGCACUUGCUGGCUCCUACAUCCACAGUUCAGGAAUGAGCUAUUCGAGUUAUAUGAGUCAUUACAACCAAGCGUGGUGCGACCUUCAAGCAGCAGCAGAAGCGCCCAGAGAGUACUCUAAUGGAAACAUGCUGACUGCAUGGGCGCUCUCCUAUCAUGAGGUCAAGAAAGGGUUUCCAUUAGCAGCACAGUUUCUCUAUCUUCCCUCAUUCCUCCAUCAUGAUGAGAUUCAAUUUUUAAGAACCAUCAAAGUGCUGGUCGACUUUUCACUCGUGCAACGACAGUCAGGUCGAGGUGGCUACUCGUUGCACCCUGUAAUCCAAGAGUGGUGCCAGUAUGAGCUCCCCAGGAUUUAUACAGAUCUUAAAGAGACAGAAGACAUAACUUGGUGUAUUGCUACUGCUGCUAUAGGCUAUAGUGUGUCGAACUCAUCAGAAAGAAGUUACUGGGAUUUACAACACAGACUUCUUCCACAUGCAAGUCGAGUCUGUCAGUUGGUGAAGUACGAACUGGGAUCAUCCCAGUAUCAUCAAGUGCUUGCUGCAGUUCACAACCUUGGGCGCCUUUACUGGAACCAGGGCAAGCACAAAGAGGCUGAGAAGCUAUACCAGCAAGUCCUUGCUGGACGCGAGAGGGUUCUCGGCCCAGAUCAUAUAUUCACUCUCGAUACUGUCCACAACCUCGGGGUUGUUUAUCAUGACCAGGGAAACUUGAGAGAAGCUGAGGAAAUGUACCAGAGAGUAUUGGCAGGAUAUCAAAAGGCUUCAGGAUCGAGUCAUAUCCCCAAUCUUCAUACUGGCCAGCUUGAUACUAUCCAGAAUCUUGGUAGCCUCUACUGCACCCAAAAGAGAUUGGAGGAGGCGGAGCAGAUGUGCCUGCAAGCGCUUGCAGGCUAUGAAAGAGUCCUAGGUCCUAGUCAUACCUCCACUCUUGAUGCAAUUCACAACCUUGGAAAUGUCUACUGGUCUCAACAGAAGCUAGACGAGGCAGAGCAGCUAUACCUACAAGCCUUGGAAGGUAAAGAGAAUGCCCUUGGUCUUAACCACACCUCUACGCUCGACACUGUUCACAAUAUUGGGGUUGCUUAUUAUGACCAGGGAAAGCUACAAGAGGCAGAGGAAAUGUACCAACAAGCAUUGAGUGGUAAAGAGAAAGCCUUUGGCCUCGAACAUGUCUCUGUUCUUGACACUGUCUUUAAUCUUGGGCGUCUGUAUUGGACUCAGUCUAAGUUAGAACAAGCCGAGCAGAUGUACCAGCGGGCAAUGACGGGAUGUGAGAAGGUCCUGGGUCCAGACCACAUGUCUACUCUUCACACAGUCCAUAAUUUAGGGGUACUCUACUCUGCUCGAAACAUGCUGCAGGAGGCUGGGAAGAUGCACCAGCGGGCACUAACUGGCUAUGAGAAAGCUCUUGGUCCGGAUGACAUUUCGACCCUUGACUUUGCUCAUAAUCUUGCCGUUCUUUAUUGCAAACAGGGAAAGUCGGAAAAGGCAGACGCCAUGUUAAAACGAGUGUUGUCUGGUAAGAAGAAGGUCUUGGGUCCGUCCUGUCCGUCUGUGCUUGCUGUUAUCAAUAAUCUUGGAAACCUCUACAAGCAGCAAGAACGGCUAGACAAAGCAGAAGAGAUGUACCAGUAUACACUUGAUGGUUGGCUGAAGAUGUUUGGCCUAGAGCACCCCUCGACUCUGGGGAUUUUGAAUAAUCUUGGUAUCCUCUACCAAGACCAAGGCAGGGUAAAGGAGGCUGAAGAGAUGUACCAAGAAGCACUUGCGGGCUAUGAGAAACUGGCUGGCGUGGAGGAUAUAUCCACAAUCGACACUGUUUUGAACCUUGGGGAUGUUUACAGAGAUCAGAAUCGGUUACGAAGAGCCAGGGGAAUGUACGAGCGAGCACAUGCAGGCUACGAGAAAACAAUGGGACCAGAUCAUGAACUGACCCGAGAAGCCGCUGACAGAGUACGGCUAACAGUUGGACCCUCAAAGUCACGCUUGCGAGAGGUGAUAUUUGGCCACUUCCACCGAAGCUAGCCCUCUGUUCCUAUUUACUAGUUGAGUAUGGUCUUUCACAACUCCAUGUCUCCUCCUGUGGCUCAAGUUUCACUACUUUCGUGGCGGUCCGCGUUCUCAUCGGAGUUGGGGAAAAGACUCGUUCAGGGCCCGCAUCUCCAACCAAACUUAACCUACAGGUCGAAACGAAGUUCGUCGUGGCGGUCUUUACUCUGCUGCUCGGUGAUAGCGUGGUCUGAGAUUUUCUCGGCGACCAUGACUGCAUCAGGUCAAUACCAGGCCUCUGGGUCAACUAUGGGGAAUCAAAACUUACAGGCAGUAGCGAGAGGCAAAGCGGGGGGCAAGAAAGGGAAGACUGAAACAUCCACAACUCUCACUGCGAGGGAAAGAGGCAACAGGUCAGUCUACUAGGACGUUAAAUUUUCAGCCGAGGAGC